AUGUGGCAUGGGCUAAAGGGGGUCAAGGCAUAUCUGUAUCAUGAGUCCCAAGCUGCUUGUUUCAAGAAAGCGAGAGAUGAUCUAUACAAGGUUAAAGCAUGGGUUUUCUCUCCACAAGUCAAAGUUAUUAGGUCUGACAUUCGUGAGGAAGAUGUGUUGAAGGAGAAAGAUGCUUUUGAGGAUCUUAAGAAGCUGGCAGCCAAGUCACUGACUGAGACAGUUAAUCAGUUGAUUGACACUGUUAAUCAGGUGAAGGAGGAUGAAAAUGCCGAACAGGCGACCCACCAUCAAGAGUCACUGAUGCGGUUUGCCCCGUUCCAUGUGAAGGUUCAUGUGUGUUGGGGACAAAAUCGGUCUGGUGCACCUCUUAAAGCUGCAGACAAUGUUAUUAUCUCACAGCAUCAGCAUGCAGCAGCCUCUCAAAUUCAGGCAAGAGAAACCGAUAUACAUGCACUCUCAUUGAGUAAAAACGAGACAGGUGUCCCCAUGAAUGUAUCCGAAAGCUUCAAAAAGGAAUAUGCAAUGGUACUAUUACAGCUCAAAGAAGCUAGUGAUCAGGUUGCUUCUGCUCUUGCAAAUUUGAGGCGACGCAACACAUACCCAGAGUCUGAUAUGCGAGUAAAAAAACACCGUGGAUCAACUGUCAGGGAGAAAUUGAGUAGGGAUUGUCACCUACAUUCUAAAGGAGAAGGAGAAGCAAAAAGAGCUUCAAUUACUUACUGCAUAACCUACAUUCUAAAUUGCAUCACCAAGCAUUCACCUCAGUACAUAAUUCUAAUGGUGGGGCGUAUAUUGAGAGGGAUUGCCACCUCUCUCCUCUUUUCAGCCUUCGAAUCAUGGCUUGUUGCUGAACACAACAAGAUGAAAAGAUAG